GCGGCCUCCCAGAAGCUUGAGCGUUGCGAGGGUCAAGCAACGAAGUUCGAGCAAGAGUUGGCCGCGCUCAACGAGAAGCUCGAGGCCAUCCAGAAUGACAUCCGCGGGAAGCAGACGACCAUUGAGGCGAAGGCCAAAGAGAUCGUUGUCUUUGCUGCUGAAGUGGCGGCCAGUGCCGCGAAAGUUCGUCAACAGCGAGGUGAAACUCCAUUGCAAGCAGGUGUGCUUGAAGACUUGAUCGCCAGGCUUGGAGCGUCGCCCGAAAUCUCGAACAAUCCUGAGAUGCAGAAGUUGUUCGCCGACCUCCGCAGUCACCACAACUUCAACAAGUUCCAGCCACUGUUGUUCAAGUCGGUGGGGAAUGUGGCUGAGCCCAAAGAUAUCCAGAUGGGCG